UGUCGAUAUUUUGUGGGAUAGGCGAAGGAUCGUCUGGAUACACCUGAGUGUUUAUCUGUUUGUGUAAAUUUUUAUUUGCAAUUCUUAGUGCCAGAAUUUCUCGUCACAUGAAUCAGCUCGCGUUUAUACGUUGUUAUUCUUAUUUGUCAUGACUUUAGAAGACCCAUUUUACGUCGUCAAGGAUGAGGUGUUUAAAGCGUUGAACAAGACUCGCGGGCUGUACCUGAGGUGGCAGGAGAUUUCGAAGACGCCGAGUAUACCCAACAGUCCAGAAGUGGAAUGGACUUCUACGGAAUUGAGGAACGCGCUCCGUAGUAUUGAAUGGGAUUUGGAAGACUUGGAAGAUACUAUCAGUAUCGUCGAAAAGAAUUCUUCGAAAUUUAAGAUAGACAAUAAAGAAAUUUCUGAAAGAAGAAGUUUUAUCGAGGCCACAAAGCAGGAAGUUAAGGUAAUGAAAACCAAGAUGAGUCUAAACAGGAAUCGGGACAACGACGGAACGGCCCGGGAGCCGUUACUUGGCGAAGAAAGUCCAAUACACCUAGGCAAUGUAUGGACACCGACACCGAAGUACACUAAAUAUUCAAAACUCGCCAAUCAGACAGACAGUCCGGUGAGGUUCGAUUACGACAGCGAUAUAAUGUCGGUGCAAGACAAAAUGCUGUCGAGUCAGAACGAUCAGCUGCAAGUGAUCAGUAACUCCGUCGGGUCUCUGAAGACAGUCUCCAAACAGAUCGGAAUUGAACUUGAUGAACAGGCUGUGAUGUUAGAUGAUUUGAAUACCGAACUUGAAAAUGCCGAUUCUAAACUAGAUUCAACAAUUAAGAAAGUCGCUAAGGUGCUUCAUAUGAAUAAUGAUCGACGCCAGUGGUUGGCAAUAGCUAUACUCUUCGGCCUUCUAGUGAUAAUAUUAAUACUAUUUGUUAUAAUAUGAGCGAGGAUACAAAUUAUUUAGUUUGUGUAAAUGUUAAAUCAUGUUCGUAGCUAAGUGAUAUAUAUUCUUGUAUGAUAAAGUCAAAUAGUAAAUACUUCACAAUCUAUUCUAUCAUUAAUAUAGAUUAUUAUCAAUUAGGAUUGUAACUGAUUUGUUAAUGUAUUUAUUUUUGUUAUAUCUUUGUAUUGUUCAUUUUACGCCUGUGUCAAUUCGCUUUGUCGAAUUUUAAUGUUACCUUAGUUACUUCGAUCUGUGCUUCUUGCCUACACGUUAUAAGGGUUAUUUUGGUUUGGAGCUAACACAAUUUUUAGCGAACAUCUAGUGUUAAGUUAAUCGUCUUCUAUUCACUUAAAAUUAACUCUUAAGUGGCUUAACAUAAGGCUUAUAUUAUGAACUCAGUACAAAUCAAUUAUGCAUUAAUAGGGUUAUCCCUUGUGAUGUGUGUUCGCUCGGUAAAGUUACAAUUUUUCGUGAUAUAAUAAUGCUUCGCGUAUUUAGGAAAAUGUCAAAGCGUUGUGUUUAAUGACCUGAGUGUCGUACGGUUUGAAAUCGGUAAAUCUGUUUCCCAACUGUGAGUUUCCCUAAUGCCUCACUUACUCUUUCUUACUUACAGAUCCCUAACCAUGAUAACAUUGUUGUAUAUUUAAACAUGAAACGAACAAGUCAUUUGUUAAUAUACAAGAAUUGCUAUUCAUGGCAUUAAAAAUUGUUCGUUAAAAUAAAAUCUGUGCAAGCCCAUAUUAAAAUGAUUUUCUUUAAUGAAACUACUUUUAGUUCAUGCUAGUUAAAUUCUACAUGUUUGCUUAUUGCCACUUCAAUUCUGGCUGGUAGUAAGUCUUCUGAACUUGCAAAUAGGGAUAAUCUUUCACUGAAAGCGUUUCUCAUGAAUUGUUAAAUCGGUUACAAUUUAUAUUCACCAAUAUAUUCUUUACUCCGCCAUAGUUAAUAAUUAGUUCAUGGUUAAACUUUUAUUCAAUUUCGCUAGUCAAAUAAGUUAAUCAUUGUUUCUUUAUACAUAUUUCGUUUUCGUUUAGGACAUUUACUGUUAAUCCUUCCAGUUGUAAGUCGUAGAUUAAUUCCACAAUUCAGGCCUCUAAUAUUCCUUCCAUGUCUGUUUAUAAUAGGCAGGUGCGCUUUAUUUGCGUGCUUUCUUAGGCUUUUUACAAACACGGUUUUUAUCUCAAAAUAUAUUCGUAACACACACAUAUAUAAACGUGUGUCGGUCACGGCUAUCUGGGCUAUUCAGCCAAAUAAUUGGAUGACUGAUGAAAAGGCCAGUAUCCAAUUACCAUUGAACUGAAUGUCAUUAAUUGAAUACCUUAAGCUUUCAAUUAACUGGCUACUUAACACAUUACUGCGGCAUAUAAACAUACUUCCUUAGUGCGAUAAAUAAUCUUCCAUCCUUUUACGAUAUAUAUAUUAGAUUUUCGUUUUGAAAGUAAAAAACGUGUUUGUAAAAUCAACCAUACGUUACUAGAUAUAUGCAUCAAAUUGAAUUAAAAAUAACCAAAUUGACAGUACUAUAAGCAGGGCUAAACUUGUCAUUUCUGAUCGGAAAUUAUACCUACUGGUUUUAUUAGAAAACUUUUUAAAAUAUGAAGGAUUUUUUGUUGUUGUCUUUUAUAUGCUCACUUUAUUAACAGACUUUGAAAUCGAGUCAAAAUAAAGUUGCUUAUGAUAGAUUUCUCAUCAGAAAUGACAGCAUUAAUAAAUACCUACAAUAUAUUAGCGUUAUACGUGUGUAGUUGUUAUACGGAUAGUAGAUGUAACGUCACAGUCUCUUCAAGUGCCUAGCUUAAGAAUGAAGUCCUUUCCCAUAGGAAAUAAUAGAUUGGAGAAAAUGUUUGAUGACUGCGACCGUCGCAAAAUAUUUGUCGGAUAUGAAAUGAACGCGUAUAAUAAGAACCAAAACAGGGAUGUUGUGGAUCCGUUACCGAAACCAUUGGAUAUCGGAAAGGUUCAAUUCAUUUCGUAUUCCUGAAGACUUUUAGUUGCCGAGUAUGUUGUUGACGAAAAUUAUGCGGAACUUAUCAAACAGAUAUUACAAAUUAUAUUAGUAUCCGCAAAUGAAAUUGUGUAUCCACAACAGCCAUGUUUUGAUAUCAGGACUGUUUCUUUAGUGGAAGUGAGAAAGAGCUACGCAAUAUAGCAAUGUAAUGCUGUCUCACUUCUACAAGGACAGCUCGUAGCACAGGCACGGUAUUGUACAGUCUUUGUUUCCAUCUAUAGCCGAUAAAUGUUCAAGCUACGUAUUAUAAGUUGUAUAGACAUGCUUAUGGAUUCGACGCUAGCAGUAGUUAUGGCUGUUAGGGCGAUGUCAUUGUGAAAGUAUAGUAAGUCGGAAAAGUUUUGUUGCUUCAUUGCAAAUCGCGAGGGAUAUAUUUUACUUGCAACAACAAAACAUGACAUUUACGUUACAAUUCUAAUCUUAAUAAAUUAUUUCAUGUAGUAGUGACUACUCAAUUAAUACCGUUAAAUAUAUCGGUCGUAAAUUCUAUUUUAUUACAGUAAAUAUUUAGAUAAUAUCUGACAUUUUAAAUUGUAUGAUUUAUAUAGAUUGAAAUGGUUUGCACCGUUACCGUUGGUUUGUUCUGCUGACUGACAUAAGCAAUAAUAUUGAAUUAGCUGCGCGAAUAACGUUCAAAAUGCCGCGAUUUUCGGUCAAUAAUUGUUACAAUAAUUAUAAUGGGACCUACAAUACCUUGUUAUUAGCAGUAAUAAACACUUGCUGUGAAGUUUUGCGUACUCUCAGAUAAUAAAUUGUAUGUCCGUAGUUUACUGAAUACCACAUGGUGAUUAAUUGACUGUGCGCCAAAGAUUAUUUGCUCAUUAAAGUAUAUUGUGUAAAUCGGAUAGUUGGGUCUAAACUUUCAUCUGUUACCGUCACCUAUUCCUAUUUCACCUAUGAUCUAUUAUAUCUCGACCUUGACGUUGUGGAGAGAGACACCUCUACGGUCUCUGUCUUCUCUCUUCCACAUUAACACUAACGAGAACGUCUCGAAGCAACAGUCAAUUCAACCCCUUUGUGACCUUUCAUAUUCAAAUAAUGCGAAACUUAUACAAUAACAAUGGCUCUGAUUCUGUCAAACACGCACUUUAUUUAAGCCAUCGGAAUCUUCAUUUAUAUUUAAAGGAGACGAAAAUUUGUUUUAAUUAAAAAUUGUUUUGAUAAGUGACGUCACUGGUAAUUUCAACUUUGUGUCGAUUCAUUUUCAUAACGGGAUUAAACAAGAUAGGUUAUUUUUUGAAAAUCUAUCUGCUGACUAACAUCGAAUUUGUUGGUUAAGCAGCUUAAAAUGUUGACUUGAUUAACUGCUUCCUGUUAAAAUUUACCAGCAGUGAUAUGAAUUCUUCAUUUUUGACAUUCUAUUUGUCUCUGAUCCUUUUUAAUGCUUCGUGUUAGCGGAAGAUGGCAAUGCUUUAAAUUAGUUUGCGUAACAAAGAAUCAGCGCCAAUAUACAGUUAGUUAUUACAUAAUAUAUUAGAUUUAACAGUAGCGUAAUAUAUUUAUUAUUUUUUAGUCAUAUUGGCUGUUUAUUUAUUAGCAAAAUAAUAAUCUAGGUACGUAAAUAAUAUUUGUUUAUAUGCAUUCCUAUUAGCGACGUUGGUUCCGUGUAUUAGAUGAAAUAUUUAUUACAAUUGUGUUAAAUGUUGCUUUUUCUGUAUCUAGUAACAAUUAUUAUUAGUUGUGGUUAUUAUAAUAUAAUGAAAGACAUUUUUAUCGUAA